AUGAAGUUCAACGUUAUCUUCGGCCUGGCUGCCGCUCUGGCUCUGGCUCCCAAUGCCGUUGCUUUCAACCUGUUUGGCAACCAGCAGGAUGCUACUCCCACCUCUGGUGCUCAGCCCUCCGGUACUGUCCCCAGUGGUCUCCCUCAGGGCUCCAGCAGUGGAUCUGAGGGUGGUUUCGGCGGUGGUGCGCAUGAGUCUGGUCGUCCCCGGGCCUCUGGUACCGCCCCAUCCGGUGGUGCUGAGCCCAGCGGUGGCAUCGGCCAUGGUCAUCAUGGUCACCAUGGCCACCAUGGCCACGGUGGUCAGGGCGGUUUCCCCUCUGGAGGCGCUCAGCCCUCUGGUAGCUUCGGUGGCUUUGGUCAGGGUGGUGAAGGUGGCGCUACUCCUACUGCUGCCCCCUCCGGCACUUUCGGUGGCUCUAGCGGCUUCAUCACUGUCUCCGGUGCUCUCCCUACUGGCUCAGCUGUCCCUGAGUCCGGUAGCUCCUCCGUGGGCAACGAGCAGUUCGAGCGUAUCCACGCCCGUCAGAUCCGCCCGUUCUAA